UGCCCAAAGUUCAGAAGUUUUUCAAUGUGAGCUUUGGUUCUCAGAGACAUAGAGGUAGCACGUCAAACUUGUCUAGACUUACGGCAGUUUCAUUUGAAAACACUUUAGAGGUGUCCGGACGACUGCACUCGUGUGUGACUCCUCUUAUUGGGAGAAAGAAAAGUGGAGACCUGCUGCUGCGGACUGUGGGACGUUCGUUCUUCGCACGCGCCGUAGAGCUGUAAGGAGACGACAUGCAGGCUCGCUACUCCGUUUCGAGCCCCAACUCACUGGGCGUCGUGCCCUACAUUGGCAGCGACCAAAGCUACUACCGGGCCGCUGCUGGUGGGGGUUACACAGGCAUGCCGGCUCCGAUGAGUAUGUACUCCCACGCGGCUCACGACCAGUACCCAGCCAGCAUGGCAAGGGCGUAUGGACCGUACACCCCACAGCCUCAGCCCAAGGAUAUGGUGAAACCACCAUACAGUUACAUCGCGCUCAUCACCAUGGCCAUUCAAAAUUCUCCGGACAAGAAAGUGACUCUGAAUGGAAUUUAUCAAUUUAUCAUGGAGAGGUUUCCAUUCUACAGGGACAACAAGCAGGGGUGGCAAAAUAGCAUCCGACACAACCUCUCCCUCAACGAGUGCUUUGUCAAAGUUCCAAGAGACGACAAAAAGCCUGGGAAAGGUAGCUAUUGGACUCUGGACCCGGACUCAUACAACAUGUUUGAAAACGGGAGCUUCUUGAGGCGAAGGAGACGUUUCAAAAAGAAAGACGCGCUAAAGGAAAAGGAGGAGCGGUUGGUAAAGGACACGCCAUCCCGACAGCAGCAGCAGCAACAGCAGUCAAACCGGGAGCAGGAGCAGCCGGUCCAAAGCUCGCAGCCAGUUCGCAUACAAGACAUCAAGACGGAGAACGGUACCGCAACACCACCCCAGGCCGUGUCUCCCACACUCACUACAGUACCAAAGAUCGAAAGCCCAGACAGCAGCAGCAGCAUGUCCAGUGGUAGUCCACACAGCAUCCCAUCCAACCGCUCUAUUGGCAUGGAGAACUCAGAACAUCACCAUCAGCAUGGCCAGGCCCCGGCGCAAGGCUUCAGCGUGGACAACAUAAUGACGUCCCUUCGGGGUUCGCCUCAGGGAGCGACUGAGCUCACACCCUCUCUCAUCGCCUCAUCUCGGACAGGUAUCACCCCAUCUUUGUCCCUAAAUUAUUCUCCAAACCAGUCAUCCGUCUAUAGCUCACCCUGUAAUCAAAACGCCAUCUCCACUACCUCGAACGCGACCUACCAUUGCAAUAUGCAGGCCAUGAGUUUGUACGCUGGGGACCGCUCUGGACAUCUUGCGACUACAACCGCCGUGGACGAAACGUUGCCCGAUUACUCCAUUACCACGACCACCUCCUCUCUGAGUCAUGGCAAUCUUUCUUCGGGUCAGGAAAGUCAUCAUCCACACCAAGGGCGGCUCACCUCAUGGUACCUAAAUCAAGCUGGAGAUCUUGGCCACCUCGGCGCGACGUACCCAAGCCAGCAGCAGAACUUCCAUUCUGUCCGAGAGAUGUUCGAAUCCCAAAGAAUUGGCUUGAAUAAUUCUCCGGUGAACGGGAAUAACAGCUGUCAAAUGUCCUUCCCCCCAAGUCAGUCCAUUUAUCGCACGUCGGGGGCUUUUGUCUAUGACUGCAGCAAGUUCUGACCAAAACUCUAUCUCAUUUUUUCCUUUUCCUUUUCUUUCCUUCAAUACACCCUGAGAGUCGUUAUGCACACCUACCCCAUCGAUGGACUAAAACGAAACAGAACAGUCAGAAAAAAAUGAUCUUGGUUUGUAAAGGACAGUGUUACUGCAAAUAACACGUAAGUCUAUUUUCGCUUUUGUGAGCUAUGCUAAAUGACUAUGUUAAAAAAAGAUGCCAGACUUUCAUGGACUUGUUAUUACGUGUAAAUUGCAUAUAGUAAUUUAUUUCUAAAUUGUAGCCGGAUAUUGUGGACCAAACACCAAAAAGUGUUUCUAAAUUGAACUGCCUUAAUUGUUCAAAAUGUUCCACUAUAGCAAAGGAACAUAUAUAUCUCCGUACUCUUUCAAAUUUUCUCCUCUUGUUGAAAAAGUAUUCUGAAGGAACUGCAUUGUUUGUUAAUAAAUUACCAUUUUAUUUGA